AACAUUAUGAACAUAAUACACAAUGUGCUAAAAGAAUUGGGUGUACAUUUUCUUACCAUCACAGAAUGUGGAUUUAAAUAUGGACCUCAAGGUAAAAUGCUGUUGAAAAACCUUGAAGAACAUUGGUUUCUACACUGUAUUACAAUGUCACGCUAUAACAUAUUUCUGUCAGAUGAACUUCACAAUACUUUAAAUUUUAUUACAAAAACAGAAAUGAGCGAUAUACCAUUUGGAUUAGCUACAAUAAAAAGUUCAAAAUAUUAUUGGGACCAAAAUAUAUUAACUAUACAAAAAUCAAAUGUUCACAAAAUUGCAGAGAUAGCUAUUUUUAAUAGCGAUACAGAAACCAAAGAUUUAUUUCAUAAAAUACAAAAAGAACGUAAAAUUUGGUGGCGAAGAUUAGCACAAUACCCUUCUAGAUUUAAGCUCACAGAAGCAAAAAGAGUAAAAAAUUGUGAUGUAAUAGAUAUUGAGGCACAAUUUUCAUUUGGCAAUCUUAUUGUGGAAAAAAUAACUUACCAUAUGGACGUACAUAAACUAUUCUCUCAGGUUGAUAGCAAAAAGGAUUUUACCAACAUACAAAUGGUUGAACAUAAGAUGUCCUUAGAUUGGGGUUGUUUAGCACUACUUUGUGACGCAUGUGAUAUGAAUAAAUCAACCAAAAUGCAUCUUCAUUCCAAAUUAGCACCACAUAAAGUUGCAUUUCAUAUAAAACGAUCAAAUAAUGAAGAGAAUACUCAAAAUGAUGAUUUGAAUCGCUUUGUACUUUACUUAAAUAACAUGCUAAGAACAAAAGGCCUGAAUACAAUAUUAACCACUUCAGAACAAAUUAUAGAUACAUGCUUAGUUCCUUUCAUAAUUUCUGUUGAUACGACUAGUCUUGAAAAUGGCAUUAUACACAUAAAGGACAGAUCAACAACUCUUACUGAAGCAAUACAUGUAACUGAUUUAGUAAAGUAUAUAACUCUGCGUUGUUAACCAUUUAAUAUGGUUUAAUUUCAUUUCAAUAAAAUUGAU